AUGGGUGGUACCGGUGCUGGCGGUGUUUGUGUGGGUGAGCGGGAUGCGAUGAUGCGGCUGCUGCUGCUGCUGGGGAGGGUGGUUGGUGGGGGGGAGGGCAGUGACGGUGGGGGUGACGGUGGCGUGGGUGGGUUGAGGCUGCUCAAGGACAAGUGGGGCGAGAGGGAUGACGCGCUGGUCGACAUGGACUUCUUCCCCGUAGCAGACACAACCACAAGUAAGGACAGACAGACAUGAGGGAUGAUGGGUGUCGUCUGGUGUGGUGUGUACACACCACACAUGUGUCGAUGCCCUCCCUUGUCCUCUUUCAUCCCUUGUGUGUUUCAGGUUUGGCAGAUGCGCCCCGCCAUGCGUCAUCGUCAUGGCUGUCGUCCACCCUCCCCCUGCUCAGCGGCGACACCAUGGGCCUGGCCCUCUUUGCAUCGCCACUCUCACUCUCAACCGCCCCAUCCACACAGCCGCCCACCGACAGACACCCACUACCCCUGCCACCACACACACCACCACCAGCGCCAAAACAGCCGUCCAUCGAGCUGCCAUGGACGCCGCGCGCGCCGCCCCUCUCGUUCGACCUCCCGCCAGCAGCCCAGACAACCGAUGGCGACAGCAGCAGAAGUUGCAUCACUGCCCGGCUGCCGUGGGAGACCAUUUUCCCGGCACUCGUGGUCAGCGAGCCGGUGGCACCGGCGGCGGCGGCAGCUGCACACACAGCUGAGGCCGCUGCUCAUGGAAACGGGCACGGGCGUGUGAGCGUGUUUGGCGAGGAGAAUGUGGUGGUGCCCCCGUUGCCUGGCCGCACACGGACAGUGCCGAAGGCACUGAUGGUGAGCGCUGCCCUGGAGGGUGCGGCGGGGGGAGCCAUGAGGCGCUGCUGGACGGGGGGAGAGACCACCGACAAGGACAAGGACAAGGGCAACGACACCCCCACUGCGUCGGUGGACAGUCUGGUGCGGAGCUUCUUUUGGCCGGCCGAGGCGCACACCAACCGGCCCUUCCAGCUGCUCAUCCGACACAUGCUCAUGGCCAUGAGGGGCGUCGAAUCGUCAUCCUUCCCCAAGGCCACGGACACAGUGGCAGCAGGGGGCCUUGCGGCCGUGGAUGUGGGAGUGUCGUGUGUGGCCAUGGGUGUCGGUGUGUGUCCGUGGCUGCCGGCCGAUCGGCUGCGGCUUGAGGGGCCUGAGGCGGGUGGAGAGCUGGAGAGGGAGAUGGCCUUUGUAGAAGGGCAGGGCAAGGCCAUAGGCGCCGUCAUGCGUUCGGUGGCCGAGUAACCUAAGCACCGACGGACACAUCGCACUCGGGGAGAACAACCACCCAUGGCCACUCUACUCGUGUGUCUGUGUCAGGUUUGGAACGAUGUUCCGGCGGCUUCGUUCUUUUGGGCACAGGCUGUCCAGCCCACCGGAUGUGUCACCCGAUGCACCGCAAUGGGGGCGCACUCUACAGGUACACACGCACGCACACAUACACACACAUAUGCGGUGCGGUGCCAUCGACACAAUCCAUUCAUUCAUGAAUCAGGCGUUUGCCAUGGGCGUGUGUGGCGAGCUGCGAGCGCUCGACGCCUAUGUUGUCAAUCAGCUGGCACCACAGGAAGACCACCUCUCGCCACUCUCGCUCACAGGUACUCACAGGACAGAGAACCAUGAUACGCCACACCACGAUUGAUUCCUUCUUUCCUCCCUCAGCCCACGUGUGUGAGUGGGAAGAUCGUCUCCGCUUCCUCACCUUCAUCUGCCGCCUUGACGAGCCCACCCUUGCGCAAUCGGAGGAGCAGGGCCGCUGGCAGUUCCCCCGAGGCGCGUGCCUGCUGUCGUAUCUCUUCGACGUGGCGCGGCAGACGCCCCCGGACACACCAUCUGGUGACAGCGGCCGUGUUGAUGGUGGUAGUGUUGCCAUCAAGCUGUUUGAGGCAUGUGUGCAUCCACUGGUAGCCUUCGUGUCAAAAUGGAUCUUCCAGGUGAGAUGGGACCGGCGCGGCACGACCUGCACAUACGAUGACUGCAAAUAUAAUGCACUAUUCUCUGUUUCAUGUGUCAGGCGCAGCUGGAUGAUCCGUGUGGCGAGUUCUGCCCCGCCCCCUCCCCCCUCCUCGACGCCUCCCACUCCCAUCUCCCCUGGCAGAUGGCCCCCCUGGCCCUGCCGUCCUUCAUGCAGGCCGCCGGGGAGGCCAUCACCACCGCCGGAUGGCUCCUCCGGCACAUCGCAGCAACACGACCUCGCCACACCAGCAUCCCGCCACAGAAGGCGGCACCGAGAAACAACAAGAGGAUAAGAGCCGAGGGAGGGGCGAGGGGGAAGGUGAGCGACAGAGAGGUCGGGAGAGAGCAGAAUUUGGCGAUAGAACCAACAGUCGCGGCCCCGUCAGCGUCAGCAUCAGCAGCGGUGUAUGAGGUGACCUAUGACCUGGUGCCCCUGGUGGUGCCACGUGUCGACCCACUCACAUCGACGAUCCGGCACCCGGAUCAUCUGCCGCUGCCUGCACUGGCGCCCUCCCCCUGCCCCCAUCCCCACAGCACCAGCACGUGGGCGGCCGGCCCCCUGCAGCUGAUGGACUGCCAGGCAGCCCGGCAGUUCUUCACACACGCAGCCACCUUAGGAGACCAUGUCGACCAGCAGCAGCAGCACAGCUCGGCAGCGGCGGUGCAUCUGGAAGACCUGCAGCCCAUGCUCACAAUGGAGCUGGAGGAUGCUGAGAGCGAGGAAGAGAUUGAGAUUGACAGCGACGAGGAAGCCGCCAUCCAAGAUGCCUUCCUCCGACACAUCGACAAUGCCCAACCACCUCCACACAACGAUGGCGUCAGUGGCCAAGCUGAGACAGCCCUCCUGAGCAGGCUGCAGGAGGGUGUGUUCGACAGCAGCAACCCAUUUGAUGGCGUGGAGGCGGCGGCCAAGCAGCGUGUGCAGCGUCAGCUGCUCGAUACGCAGCUGGAAGAACAGAGGAGGGCCAGGGAGGAAGGUGCCGGUGCUGGGGAUGGUGCUGAAGGUGGUGGAGGUCUGUUUGGCGUGAGUGAGAGCGAUGUGGAGGACGCGAGGCGUCACCUGCUGGACCACCAGGCGGUCAGUGAGUGGGCGGGGAGAACAGACAGACAGACAGACAGGGGUGCGGGAGAGGGAGUCAAUCGUCAUGUUGCCUCUUCCUUCGUAUGUGUGUGUCAGGGUGAGAUGGGUCGCCUGGACGCGGCCAAUCGUCUGCUCGAGUGGCGGCUCAAGAGACUUCGACUCGCCAACAAACGGUACACACAUGGCAUGGCACCAACAUGCGCACACACACAUGGAUCGGAUCCCCACCGUCUCCCUUCCCUGUGCUGUGUGGUGUGUCUCUGUCGGCAGGCAUGAACACCUCCGCUCGCAGGGCCUCGUCAAACACUCAGCAGCGCUCCCCGCUCUCGCCCCUCCAUCCACCACGCAGCAACCGCAAUCCACACAAACUGCUGGCGAGCCCACUGGUGUGUUGUCGCGCGGCGUGCAUCGAUCUGACGGCGUGUCGGCCUGCAUCGAAGGCACACGGAGUAUUGGCACUCAUGGUGCUGCGGAGAGGGAGAGUGGGCGUGUGGAUGGGGUGUCUGUCUUCCGUGUGUGGGAGGAGGAGCCUGACGAACCGGCAGAGACCAACCAGCAGCAGCAGCAGCAGCAGCAAUGUGGCGGAGAGCAAGCUGACGACGUGGCCGUGGAGGACCACCAGCACGUUCAUGGUGACGACAGUCAGGGUGACAUUGCUGGUGCUGAACCUCCCUCUCCCUCCAAGGCCCACGUCCCUCCCCCUGCUGCUGCCCAGCAACAGCCGACAUCCCCACGAGCCGUCCAGACAUCCCCUGGCGUACCACAAGAGCCGAUCGCACCACCCGCAGCCGCAGCCACAGUGGCGCAGCAGCACACACACCAACACACGGACAUCGAGAAGACCCACCAUGCAACAGCAACAGUGACACAGCCGGACCACCAGCAUAGCGCGGCCAAGGCGCUCUGCUGGCGGGGGGUGUCUGCUGAUGGUGGGAGGGUGCCUGUGUUUGAGUUGGGUGCGAUUGUGGAGAGGGACCUGCUGGAGCCGAUAUAUGCCCAAGCCGCUCUUGCUGACGCUGCAGCCGUGCAGACCCUGGUGGACAGAUGGCAGCUGGGGAGAUACCUCGAAUACAUCCAACAGGUAAGUAGAGUCAGUGCAUGUGGUCGGCACACACACACACAGACACACAGCCACACAGCCACACACACCUUUCUGUGCUGUCUGUCAUCCGUCCAUUUAUCCAUUCAUCAGCACUUGCUGUUUGGUGCUGCCUCCGAGAUGUCCGCCUUCGCCACAGCCCUCUUCGCCACCUGCCGCCACUCCACCACCAGCAGCACCGGCAACAAGACCCUGCUCGAGUCACGCGUCAACCAGAUGUUCGCCGCACACGCCAAGACACCUCCACAGCAGCACAGUGAGACGGAGACGGUGGUGUACUUCGACGUGGUGAAGGUGCCGCCGUCUGUGCCGUGUGUGCCGGCAUGGACGGUGCUCGAGUGCAUUAGGGUGCGGCUGAUGGCGCCCUUCCCUCUCUCGCUGGUCAUUGAUAAGGUGAGUGGGGCGACCACACUCACACGGGACAUCGCAUAUAUGCAUACCGCGUGUAUGCGAUGCGUGUGUAUUGGUCUGUCUGUCGCCAGGAGAGUGAGGAGUACUACAACAUGAUCUUUGGGCUGCUCGCACUGCUCAAGAGCGCCGAAAACGACCUUCGCGAUGUGGGGCACAUGUGCAGCCAUAUCGCCAUGCACACCAAAUCGAGCGCAUUCGUCUGCCCUGUGUGUGUGUGUGUGUGUGUUCAGGUAGGUUAUUGGUUCCGCGAGCAGCACGUGUCGUUGGUCCGGUCGGACGCGGUCCUCUACCGCCGUGUGGUGGUGGUGCGGCACGCCAUGCACCAGUGGCUGUGGGGCAUGUCGCACUACCUCAUGCACGAGGCCAUCCACACCCCGUGGAGGCGCAUGACGGCCGCCAUCCACACACGCAGAUGCACCUCCUUCAAGCAGCUGCACGCACUGCACAGACACACCCUGCAGGAGAUCGCAGCACGGUAGGUACUUACGGCCGCGCGGCCACACACAGGCGCCAUCUGUCUGUCUGUCUGUUGUGUUGCGUGGGUGUCUGUCAGGUGUUUCCUCGCCGACCACCCCGAUUUCCCCUCCCCCUCCCUCUCAGCCCUGCGAGCACAUACCGAGGGCGCCCUGCACCAGAUCCACGAGCUGCGGCAGCUGCUGCUGACGGCCUCUCACACCCACACGUACAGCCACCAGUGGCGGGCAGUGGUGGGGUCGCGCCUGCAGCGCGUGUGCGAGGCGUUUGGUGCGUCGGUGGGUGCGACGGUCCGAGUGGCGGGGGGCGUUCUGUGUGGGGGGGAGGGGGCGGGUGUGCUGGUGGAGAUGCUCAACUGGAAUGAGCACUACAGCUCAGCUAGCUGAUGGCGUGAUGGGCCGUGUGUGUGACUAAUGUGUGUGCGUGUGAGACUCUCUCUCAUUUGCUCAGUGAAUGGCAAUGUCAAUGUCAA